CAUGAAGAUAGACAUCGGGCAGAUAGUAGGGCAUGUGGCUUUAAGAGGGACAGGCAGGUUAAGCUAAAUGAAGUGAAACAAAAACUGGAGGAAGAAUCAUAUUUAGCUAUGGACAUCAUACCCAGUUAAAUAGUUAAAGGGGGGACUUUGCACAGCUGCUGUGAGCUCAAGGUGGAAUGAGACAGGCCUGAAGGAAAAGCUUUAUUAUAGCAGCUAUUUGAGAGCAUAACCAUUGGAUAGACAGCACUUAAAGGAGGGAGAGAGUGACAGCAAAGAGGCAGAGGGAGAGAGGGGGAGAGCGAGAGAGAGAGAGAGAAGAGAGAGAGAGAGGGAGAGAGAGAGAGAGAAACAGAAAAACAAGACAGAGGAGAAGCUGCUUUUGUUCAGUACCAAGCUCAUUACUAAUCUUACUGAAAGCUUCCUGUGUCAGCACCAUGGGGAAGUCAGCCUCAAAGCAGUUUGCUGAGGAGGUGCUGCAGUGCCAUAAUGAGUACAGAAAGAAGCACCAGUCUCCUCCACUGAAGCUGAGCAGCAAGUUGAGCGGAGAGGCUGCCCGUUAUGCUGAAAGUCUGGCCAGCACACGGAUCCUAAAACACAGUGUGGAGUCCAGUAGAGGGAGCUGUGGUGAGAACCUGGCAUGGGCCUCUUAUGACCAAUCAGGAAAGGAUGUUGCUGACCGCUGGUAUGAUGAAGUGAAACAAUACAACUUCAACCGUCCUGGAUUCUCCUCUGGCACUGGCCAUUUCACUGCAAUGGUGUGGAAGAGCACUAAAAAGCUGGGUGUUGGUAAGGCCACUGCAUCAGAUGGCUCUUCCUUUGUGGUGGCAAGGUACUUUCCAGCUGGAAAUAUCACUAACCAGGGACACUUUGAGAACAACGUCCUCCCACCAAAAACCACCACAUCCACCUCCUAAAGAUGUCUAGGCCCCCCCUAAGACUUGACUCAAACCAAUAGGAAUUUAUUCUGUUUUCCAGGAAAGUUAUCAGCCUUCUAUGGAAAAUACUCAGGGGAGCACCACUUCUUGCCUAGUAGAGAACCAUACCGUUAUCCUGUAUGGAAUUUAAAAGACAAAAUGCACUCUGGCUUGAAGGAUAGGUUCACAAUAUUUCAUGUUUGUCUUAAAACAAUAGUCUGGUGCCCCUAUGCACAUUGAAAAUCUUUUGCUCACUGUAUUCACUCAUAUUGUUCAUACUGACCAUUAGAAGAUCUCCUUCACAUGCAGUUACAGUGUAAGUGAUGUGGAACAAAGUCCACAGACCUCAUUUUGAAGAUAAUAUGAGGCUUUGGCUUUCUGACUUAGUCAAAUAAAUUGGAUAUCUUCCAGUCUUCUUGGUAAAAUUUCAUUCUUUUUGUCUCGACUGGACGUGUUUUCCUGUUCAUUUGUAGGAAGAAUUGUAACAAACUUGGCACUAAAAUAUGAGUAACUUUAGAAGGUUUUGACCCACUUUUACUAAAAUGAUGACUGAAGUUUCAUAUAAGACACUUACAUUUAAAGUGCAUUAUGAAGGUGUUGCCUAAAGGCCAAUAUGAACAAGAGGGAUGAUUACAGCAAGAAAAACAUUUGUCAGUGUUCAUUUGAACACCUGAAUAUUGUUUUGGGAUAGACUUGAUAGAUUGGGAACCUGUCCUUUCAAAGGGUCAUGUUUGUGAAGUGUACUUGUGUAUGAUACAGUGUUAAUAGUGAAAAAAGCACUACUGUUUGCUAACAAAACAUUUCAAGUGACCAUUGGAUUGUACAGUCUUGAUUUUGAUAGCCAUUUACAUUACCGGUGACAGAUAUUUCAUUUGCUGAUGAGAGUAAUUCCAUAUUUUCACACACUGAAAUACACCAUAGCCUCAUAUCUGUAUUUGUGGGAACUAAUUUAGCUGAAGGGACAUUUGGAGUUGCUUGUAAUUUAAGGGCGAUGACUCAACAUGCUUGGUAUGAGUUUGUGUUAUUGCUACGACUUGUAAAAGCAGAACCCUGCUGUCCCAGAUGUGUGUUUUGUACUCUAAUCUGUUUUGUACAAUAAAAGUGAUUUUAAAAAAGU